UCGGACAUCACGCUAUUUGUCAAAAUGAAGAUACAAGGGUUUUUAGGAUCACUAAAAAUAAGAAUUGGAACAUAAAUAUGCUUGGGGCAGUGCAAUGUGUGAUUUUGAAGCACAAAACGUGGUAACUUUUAUUAACAUUUCAAGAAAAUGGCUACCCAGCAUGCAACAGAAAACUGGAAAAAGCAGUAGGAUCGAAAAGAGGCGGAAAUGGUGGGGAAAACACAAGAAUAUGCAAAACGGUGAUGUUAACACAGUCAAGCCAGCUACAAACAAGACCAAGAGUGCAAAGAAACAGAAACUGUUGACAAGGGAAGAUUUUACACAGAACAAACAGGGCUUCAAAAAGACAUUCAGGACUUCUCAUGCUAUGUCCUUGGAUAAACAAACAAAAAGAGAACAUUCAGAUUCAUCAGAUGGAGAAUCUGUCCAAAAAGUAAAAGGAGAAAAAGAACACUCUGAUUCCUCUGAAGCAGAAUGUGUUCCAAAGUUGAAUUCUGAUCAGACCGAAAUUUGCCAAGAGACAAAAACUGGCAGCCUACUAGUAUCCCCAUCAAAGAAGGGGCAUAAGAAAAAUAAGAAACAACCUGAACUGAAGACCCAAAAGGGCAAAAAAAGUACAGUUGAAAGGAAAAGGAAAUAUGUUCUCUUUGUUGGGCAUUUACCUGAGGAUAUUAGUAAGGAAGAUAUUCUAGAGCACUUUAAAUCUUCAGGGAAAGUUCUGACCAUUAGACUUCCAACCCACAAGGAAACUGGGAAGCAGAAAGGAUUUGCAUUUGUUGAGUUUGGGGAUGAACCAUCCCUCAGGAGAGGAUUGCAACUUCAUCGGUCUGAACUUCUUGGUAGCAAAAUAAAUGUUGAGUUCACUUCAGUUGGAGGCAAAAACCAGAACCGCCUGGAGAAACUGAAGAAGAAAAAUCUAAGACUUGCUAAAUACAAGAUGAGAUAUGCAUUAGAUACUUAAUUUCAUCCCAUCUGCACUCCACAAUUACUGCAGAUAUGACAGAAUUUGGACAAUUCUGGGUAUUCCAAACUAAUAAAAAUAAGAAACUCCACAUAGCUUGUCACCUACUAACUAGCAUAAUUGCCAACAUUGUGGCCUGAACUCUGUCGUUAUCAACAUAUUGAAAAUAUGGUAUUAUGUGCAAUAUUAAAGAGAGGACAGACAUGAAGUUUUUUCAGCCCCAGGCAUUGGCAUACAACAGGAAAAAAAGGAAAAAGCCAUGAUCCCAUUCUAUGGAAUUGAGAGAGAGAGAGAAGGAGAGAGUGAGAGAUUGACAGAUGUAAAACACAUUUCACACACAAAGUAAUAUGACAUAUGGGUACAGCAGUAAUGUGUGUAGUUAAACAGUAGUGAUCCUUGGUCUGUAGUGAUACAGAGAGACGCAUUAACACAGCUGUAGUAAAUGUACCAUGAUGUUUACAGGGUGUCCCCAAAGGUUGGUACAUUUCCUGGGCAGAUCAGGACAUUGUUCAUUACUUGUCCCAUAUGAAAAUAUGCAUAGUUUGUGCAUGAAAUUGUGUCCUCUGAUUCUAUGAAAGAUGUUUUUGGGUCAAGGAUAGAAGUGUUCCGUGAUGUUCAGCCGAGAGAGGAUUUGAAAAGUUUUUUUUUUUCGUGGUUUUGUAGAUUUCUUCUGGAAUAUUACUGAUAAUAAUUUAAGGUAAAAUUGUCAUAUGCCAAUGAUGGAGAAUGCACUAUUUGUAAUAUAGUCUUAAUUUAAAUUAAGUCUUUGUAAAUGGUAUUUUUUUUAAUCAAAAGAAUAUAUUAUUGGCUCAAAUAAAUAUAAUUUAGCCUUAAA